AAUGUGACAGCUAACCAUCGUGUGAAUGAUGCUGUAUUCACGGAGGACGGCGCACAGACAGUGACAGGACGCUUCAUGUAUGGUCCGCUGGACAUGGUGACCCUCACAGGAGAGAAGAUCGACAUCCACAUCAUGACCCAGCCUCCCUCUGGAGAGUGGGUGUACUUUGACACAGAGCUCACUAACAACAGUGGACGCAUCUCUUAUGUAAUCCCUGAGAGCAGACGGCUGGGUAUUGGGGUGUAUCCUGUCAAAAUGGUGGUCAGGGGUGACCACACAUUUGCAGACAGCUAUCUUACUAUUAUACCAAGAGGAACUGAGUUUGUGGUAUUUAGUAUUGAUGGGUCGUUUGCUGCCAGUGUGUCUAUAAUGGGAAGCGAUCCAAAGGUUCGAGCUGGAGCUGUAGAUGUCGUGAGGUACUGGCAGGACUUGGGUUACCUGAUAGUGUAUGUAACGGGUCGUCCAGACAUGCAGAAGCAGCGUGUGGUGGCCUGGCUCUCUCAGCAUAAUUUUCCUCAUGGCAUUGUCUCCUUCUGCGACGGGUUGGUUCAUGACCCACUUCGACACAAGGCCAACUUCCUCAAAUCCCUAAUCAGCGAGGCUCACACGAGGAUCUUUGCGGCUUACGGCUCUACCAAGGACAUCUCUGUGUACACAUCCAUCGGCCUGCCUCCCUCUCAUAUCUACAUAGUGGGGAGGUCCACAAAGAAGAUGCAGCACCAGUGUCAGUUCAUCCCGGAUGGCUACGCCUCGCACCUCUCCCAGCUGGAGUACAACCAGAGGUCUCGGCCUGCCAAGUCUGCCAGCACCCGCAUGGUCCUCCGGAAGGGCAGCUUUGGCCUGGGUGCAGCUGGAGGGGACUUCCUCCGCAAACGCAACCACAUAUUUCGCACCAUCUCUGCAUCUCAGCAACCCGGAGGGUCGGGGUCUGGCUCCCCCAACCUGCCGGGCCGGACUGAGCGCACGCUGAGCCAGUGUGAAAUGGAGCGGGAACGAGGCAUCGCCGCAGCAACCCAGCGGAGUAUGAGCAUUGCUGCAGGCUGCUGGGGCCGAAGUGGGAGCACCAAGGAGGGCAGCGGAGGGUUACUUGGCCCCAAGUAAGGUCUGAAAAAGGAGCAGUGGUGUUAAAGGACCUAGCCUGAGCCACCAUGAUCUCUGGACAGAAGACAGAAGGGUGGAGAGAAAGCAGACGGAUGUGGAUGGAGAGUUUGUAGGUUAUAAAUUAAAGGGAUGUAGCAUUAAUAACACACUAAACUGACUUAAAGUUUAGAAAAGAAGGGUCUGUCCAGGAGGAGUGGACUAAUCAGGCCAAGUGGCAUCCAGAGAACAAAAUAGUUGUGUAGCAUGACUCUUUUACUGUAAUACUUUUAUAGGAUACAUCGCUAAUUAUU